CAACUUCCUUUCCACAUCCCGAUCGAGAGAGACGCGAUGGGUCAUCAGCAGCUCUAUUGGAGUCACCCUAGAAAAUUCGGCCAGGGAUCCCGUUCCUGCCGAGUAUGCUCAAACAGACACGGUCUGAUCCGCAAAUACGGACUGAACAUGUGUCGCCAGUGCUUCAGACAGUACGCUAAAGAUAUCGGCUUUGUGAAGCUGGAUUAAAUGAGUGGACAACUGAACUUCCAUGAUGUGGAGUCAACAUCAUCCCAUGACGUCAUGAAAAAUUCAAUAAAAUGUUCAUUUUCCUGUUAAA